UCCUGUUUUUUGGUGUCUUUCAGAAGCUGCAGUUUUAACAGUGUGAACAUGGACUGCGAAAAGACUCCAGAGUUUAAACAUUAAUUCAGGAGGGGCGGUUGCACGGUACAUGAUUAGUGAGAGACAGACCAGAGAAGUUUUCAGACAAUAUGGAGAGAUGAUUCUGUGAAAGAGGAGCAUCGCUGCAGCGGGCAAGCAUGGCUUUUGCCCAGUCACACAUCAUGACGGCUAGAAGGCACCAACACAGCCGACUCAUAAUUGAAGUGGACGAGUACAGCUCCAAUCCAACACAGGCGUUCACGUUCUACAACAUUAACCAGGGACGUUUCCAACCCCCACAUGUGCAAAUGGUAGAUCCUGUUCCACAUGAUGCUCCCAGACCUCCAGGGUAUACCCGUUUUGUCUGUGUGUCUGACACUCACUCCAGAACAGAUCCAAUCCAAAUGCCAUAUGGAGAUGUUUUAAUUCAUGCUGGUGAUUUCACUGAACUGGGACUUCCUAGUGAAGUUAAAAAAUUCAACGAAUGGUUAGGUAGCCUACCAUAUGAAUACAAGAUUGUGAUAGCAGGUAAUCAUGAGCUGACAUUUGAUCAAGAGUUCAUGGCGGAUUUAAUCAAGCAGGACUUUUAUUAUUUUCCCUCUGUAUCUAAACUGAAGCCAGAAAGUUACGAAAAUGUACAGUCUCUCUUAACAAACUGCAUAUACCUGCAAGAUUCAGAAGUAACGGUGAGAGGCUUCAGGAUAUACGGUUCUCCAUGGCAACCUUGGUUUUAUGGCUGGGGCUUUAAUCUUCCACGAGGCCAAGCGCUCUUAGAGAAAUGGAACCUAAUUCCUGAUGGAAUAGAUAUUCUUAUAACACACGGACCGCCUCUUGGUUUUCUAGAUUGGGUUCCUAAGAAAAUGCAAAGGGUGGGCUGUGUUGAGCUGCUGAAUACAAUCCAGAGACGAAUACAACCACGACUUCAUGUUUUUGGACACAUUCAUGAAGGUUACGGCGUCAUGGCUGAUGGAACCACUACCUAUGUGAAUGCUUCUGUGUGUACCGUGAAUUACCAGCCACUGAAUCCACCUAUAGUUAUUGAUUUACCUACUCCAAGAAACACAUGAUUGUGACAGAAUACAAGUAUGAAGCCUGGAACCCGUGCCAGUAUAAGAGCCGAGCAACCAUGAAAUUAUGGCAUUAUUUUUAUUCUUUAUGGACAAACUGGAAAGAUAGAAAUGGACAAGUAACAAAGGCAUUUGGUAUCACAGCCUUUUGAAAGUGUAUUAAUGGGUUCAGCAUUUCAUUGUUUUAAAAGAAUUGUUAAUAUAAAAAAGGAGACAACUUCCACAUUAUAGACGUUGGUGCAUUUUGUAUAUUCCAUAUGCUAUAUUGAAUUUUUGAAAGGACGUGUCUCUUCGGCAAAAUGAUUUGUUAUGAAUGCUUGCAGUUUUAUAUGUGUGUUCAGUAACAGCCUUCUUCAUUCAUAUUGGCCAGAGGAAUAAUCACAUUGAGAGUUCAAAUUUGUAAUUGUGUGAAAUACCGCUUUCUUUAAACAGCAUCUCCAUGUAAUCACCAAAAGAAUAACACUCUUAUUCUAUAUUCUUUUGAAAUCUACAAACAUCUUUCAGGUUUUUAAAAACCACAUAGAAGAAAACUCUUGUUUGCAACUGGUAGUGAACAUGAAAAGAAAAAAUGUUACAGUAUGAAUUACUGAGUUGCUGUACACAGCAGACACAUUUAAAAAAGAAGAGGUUUAAAAUCAGAUGAAAACUCAGGAAUUAGUUCCCCCUCCCAAUAAGUAAGAUACUCUGCUGCUGUAAAAUCUCGUCUACUGGCUUUUAGGGUUGUGCAGCCUUAGGGCUGGCAGCAGUGGCCACAGCUGGAUUC